AUGGGAUGGAUUAGAAAUACCGUGGACUCUGUCAAAUCCAGAAGAUUCAGACCUCUCCCUCAGCUCGUCAAUCUUGUCUCAUUUCUUUCGUCAGUUAUCAUAUUAUCUGAAGGACUAGCAUGUCUAGCCGGUGCUGAUUCUCCUGGAUCACUUCUUGGAGUUGCAAUCUCUGAGAGCAUGGAACCCGGCAUCAAGAGAGGUGACCUCAUGUUCUUGAAUAUUAGCAAGGAUCCCAUUCAUGCAGGAGAAAUCAUCCUCUUCAAUGUAGAUGGGCUUGAUGUUCCAAUUUCCCACCGAGUAAUCACGGUUCAUGGGCACCGAAAUACUGGAAAAGUUUAUAUCCUCACAAGAGGGGACAGUAAUCAUUUGGAUGACAGGAUAUUAUAUGCUCGAGGCCAACGUUGGUUGCUACGACACCAUGUCAUUGCGAGAGUUGUUGGGUUGUUGCCUUAUGUUGGUUGGAUCAAACUUAUCCUUACUGAAAACCCCAUAAUCAAGUACAUAGUUUUAGGCACAUUGGCAUUGCUGAUCGCUACCUCAAAGAAUUAGAGAUAUAAAUUUCCAGUUUCAAUACAUGGCUCUCACAAUACAGAUUUAACAGAGACCAAGAAGAAAGGAGAUAUAUAGGAGAUUAGGCUUGGUCAUACUCCGGAUAAAUUUUAUAGAUCUGAAUAUCUUUUCUGUUAUGUAGACUGACAGUCAAAACACAGACUUGGAUUAAAUAUACUUGUUAAGGUUGAUAUCAAUUGGAUGAGAUGUUUCUUUUGUUAA